GAGCAAUUAGAUGUGGAGAUGGCGCGACGCCACAAGUCGCUCAGUUGCGGUCAGAAUGUCGCUCGGGUUCGCUUUGUGUCUCGCUCUUGCUCACUUGACUGUCCUCUCUCAAGCUGCUAUUGCUCCGGCAAAAGCUGUCUCUCUUGAUGAGUCAAUAAAAUUAACAUGGCAACCUCAGCCAGAAGACAAGAAGGCUCACCUUAUCUGGUUCAACAAAACAAGCUACGAAUCGUGGUCCAACAGUCUCGAUAACUAUUUGGAAGUUUAUCGCACACCGUCGAUCACCCCCGGUCGCCUGGAGAACCUGGUCAAGUGCAACCACUCUUCACACCCGCAGGCCGGAGGAGUUUGUCAUGUCAGCAUUGACAGCUACUCACCAUGUGUCUCAACCAACUAUUUCGGCUACAAAAAACUCACUCCGUGCGUCUUCAUUGAGAUUGAAAAGGUACCCAAUUGGAAACCAAAAUUCUAUACAGAUAUGUCAGACUUGCCGAAAGACAUCCCAGAAAAGCUGAGAAAUUACAUUGACGAGAAGACAGUUUAUUCGUAUGAAUGGGAAAAUGUAUGGGUUUCGUGUGAGGGAGAAACACCAGCUGAUCAAGAGUUCAUAGGCAGUGUUCAGUACAUUCCAGAGCCCGCCUUUCCAGCUUACUUCUACCCCUACGAUGAGCGUCCUGGAUAUCUUAGUCCUGUGGUGGCCGUGCAUUUCCUACAUCCAAAACAUGGAGUUAUUAUCAAUGUUGAAUGCAAGCUCUGGGCACCUAAUAUUGAGCACAAUAGGAAAAAGGGAAUUGGACUCACCAGGUUCCAAAUACUUAUUGAUUGAUAAAUCAAUAAUUUCACUAUGCUUCCACCAACUUCCGAGUUGAAGUUUGUUAUAUUCAUUGUCAAGUAUUGAUUAGAAGAAAGAACUUGGUUGAAAAUUCAAAGAAUCUCUCCCAAUAAUUAUAUAUUCAUAUAUUUUCCCAAUUUUUAUUGAGUUCGGUGUUCGAUUUUAGAUUAAGUAUUUUUUAUUGAGAAGGCAAUGAUAAAAUAAAACAAUUAUUA